GGUUUAUGUUCAACGUUCAUUGUGCGCACGCGGGCUAUUGAAGCGAUGCUUUUGUUUACAAUGAAUGGGUCGGCCGGAUUCUUUCUGAGUGAUAUAAAGUAACUAUGCUCGUUUCGUACCAAUAUUUCCAUCCUCCCUCCCGUUCUUGCUAUUUCGUCUUCAAACUUUGUUCAAAAUCAAAAGGCUGGUCCUCGAGCCCCGGUGGACCAUUACAUUCAAUCCAAAAUUCACACCUCUCUAUGCCUUCACAACGACCCACACUUCCGUCGAUUCAUAGCUUGGACCUUCUUCCUUUGUGCAAGGAAGUUGAUACUAGUAACAAACCUCUAAAUUACCUAUCGUGCCCUAGAGCCGUGCAUCAAAAUCGUCGUUUGCACCGACAAGCCUCCAUCUCUUCUUCUACAUCUUCACGGACACCGUCUCCAUCAUCUUCGCGAUACCCCUCCUUGACAUUCCCCGCUGGGAUCCGCCUUCGACUCGUUCCAUGUCCUUUGGAUGCUGCAGACGCCGUUGUUGUUGUCCCCCCUCCAGACGCCCCGUAUAUUCCACCACUUUCCUCACUCCAAACGCCUCUUUUUCUUGUCGGACCAGCUCUGCAGCAGUUUCGUCAACCCCACCGACCCCUUGCCAAGGGCGCCAGGGUACAUCCGUACCGUAUCCUUCGUAACGGGGAGGUCAGACGAAGCCCGUCGGUAUCUUUGGACCCGGAUAUGUCGAUUUCGCUAUGAUAAGCUAUGAUAAAUAACGCACAUACGCAUUUCUCACAUGCGCCAACCAUUGUAUUAAGUAUCGCUUAUACCCACUGUAUCGCAAUCAGGUUCUUUUGAGGGGUAGCAGGGAGGAUGGGUUUCCAGCUACCCGGUUUUAUUGUACAUUAAGGAUCUAGUUAAUAGUGAUAAAAAUGUAUUAGUUUCAAGUGCGCUC